CGAUUUGCACAAACUAUGAUCUUUGCCAUCGAAGAAAUAAAUAACAACACAGAAAUACUUCCAAAUGUAACUUUGGGCUAUAAGAUCUAUGACGACUGUGGUUCUGUACCAAUUUCUAUAAGAACGUCAAUGGCAUUAAUGAAUGGCCAGGAAGAAACACUCUCGGAAAAGUCCUGCAUCAAACCAGCUAAAGUUCCUGCAAUCAUAGGCGAAUCUGAAUCAUCAUCAGCCAUUGCAAUGGCAACGACUACUGGACCUUUUCACAUUCCUGUGAUUAGUCACUUUGCAUCCUGUGCAUGUUUGAGUAACAGGAAUAAAUACCCUGCAUUUUUCAGAACUAUACCAAGUGAUUAUUAUCAAAGCAGAGCCCUGGCACAGCUUGUGAAGCAUUUUGGAUGGUCUUGGGUUGGGGCAAUUAGAAGUGACAAUGAUUACGGCAACUCAGGAAUGGCUACCUUUAUGCAAGCAGCCCAACAAGAGGGUGUCUGUAUUGAAUAUUCAGAGGCCAUACAUAGAACUAAUUCAAAAGAGAAAAUAAUUAAAACCGUAGACAUUAUAAAAAAGUCAACUUCAAAAGUUAUUGUAGCUUUUCUGGCUCAAGGAGAGGUGGAAGUUUUAUUAAGAGAAAUAUUGCAGCAGAAUGUCACUGGCCUGCAGUGGAUAGGCAGUGAAUCUUGGAUUACUGCCAGACACCUUGCAACAGAAGAGAGCUAUAGAGUUCUUGGUGGGGCAAUAGGCUUCACAAUCAAUAAGUCAAUAAUAAGAGGACUGAAAGAGUUUUUAGUGAAUGUUCACCCCUCUCAAGUUCCAGGCAAUGACCUUUUGAAGGAGUUCUGGGAAACUGCUUUCAGUUGUACCCUAAACAUGCAGGACAACACUGAAAAUUUAAACCCAUGUACAGGGACUGAGAAUUUAAGAGAGUUGAAUAACACUUACACUGAUGUAUCUGAGUUGAGAAUUUCCAAUAAUGUUUAUAAAGCUGUGUAUGCCGCAGCCUAUUCUCUCCAUAAUUUGCUUACAUGCAAAAACAGCCAAGGAUCCUUUUCUGAUAAGACAUGUGCAAAUAAGAUGAAUAUUGAACCAUGGCAGGUUUUACAUAACCUUAAAUCUGUGAAUUUUACAACUAAAAGUGGAGAGAGUGUCUACUUUGAUGAUAAUGGGGAUCCAAUAGCACGAUAUGAAUUAGUAAACUGGCAGCGAACUAAAGAAACCAGUGUAAAAUUUGUUACAGUUGGUUAUUAUGAUGCAUCUUUGCCAGCAGGACAACAGUUUGCAAUGAAUGCUGUCAGCAUUGUCUGGGCAGGUGAUAAGCUUACGAUGCCUAAAUCAGUGUGCAGUGAGAGCUGUCCUCCAGGCACUCGGAAGGCUGUUCAGAAAGGAAAGCCUGUUUGCUGCUUUGAUUGCAUACCAUGUGCUGAUGGAGAAAUCAGCAAUCAGACAGAUUCCAUUGAUUGUUUACAGUGUAAUUUGGAACACUGGUCAAACAAACUCCAUGAUAAGUGCAUCUUAAAGGACAUUGAAUUUCUGUCAUACGAAGAAAACAUGGGUAUAUUGCUGGCAACAUUCUCAUUGCUUGGAACGUGUGUAGGCAUAGCUAUAGCUGUUGUUUUCUUUCGUUACAGAGAUACCCCUAUUGUUAAAGCUAAUAACUCUGAGCUCAGUUUCCUUCUUCUGUUUUCAUUAGCUCUGUGUUUCCUUUGUGCACUUACUUUCAUUGGCCAGCCCUCUGAGUGGUCCUGCAUGUUGCGCCACACUGCCUUUGGGAUCACAUUUGUCCUGUGCCUCUCUUGUGUUCUGGGGAAAACAAUAGUUGUGUUAAUGGCUUUUAAAGCCACGUUACCUGGAAACAAUGUUAAGAAACAUUCUGGGACCAUCCAGUGGUCAAGUGUUUGCAUUAGCACACUAAUACAAGUGUUAAUAUGUAUACUUUGGUUAACACUAUCUCCUCCUUUUCCUAAAAAAAACAUGACAUACUAUAAAGAAAGAAUUAUUUUAGAGUGUGACCUGGGAUCUACAGCAGCAUUUUAUGCUGUGUUAGGGUAUAUUGGGUUUCUUGCUGCCAUGUGCUUUGUGCUCGCUUUUCUGGCUCGUAAGCUUCCAGAUAACUUUAAUGAAGCUAAAUACAUUACAUUUAGCAUGCUCAUAUUCUGUGCUGUUUGGAUCACUUUCAUCCCAGCUUACAUCAGUUCACCUGGGAAGUACACAGUAGCUGUAGAAAUAUUUGCUAUUUUAGCUUCAAGUUUUGGUUUGCUUUUCUGUAUUUUUGUCCCUAAAUGUUACAUUAUAUUACUAAAACCAGAGACAAAUACAAGGAAACACUUGAUGGGUAAAAUGCCAUCAAAAUCACUUUGA